AUGAGGGUCGGGCGGUCUCUCUUCAGCGGAUCCCUGGAUGAUGAAGCUUUCUACACGGAUUUGGCCAGCGUAUCUAUCCUCUCCCAGCCCUGGUCGGCAUUCUGCUCUUAUGAGUCCGUUGGUUCCGCCUCACGCUUCACACCAUCAGCUCAAUUUCAGUGCGCUGCACCAUCUGCGUCCUGCGUCGCAUUGCACUCCAGCACCAGCCCCUUCUGCCAGACUUGGCUUGGCGACGGGAUUGACUGUCUCAUUACCGAAUCCUGGGAUUUUUAUUGCACCCGACUUGGUCUCCAACUCAAUUACACCAUCCACAUCCUUUCACAACUCAUCGGUCGUCAACGAAGCCGCGUCAGCCCCCCUAAUUGA